UUCCGUAGCUGCUGCGGGUAUUUGUUUCGCACGGGGAGCCCCGCACCGGCGGCCGCUGGAGCGAAGGAGACGGGCUGGGGAGUGUCGGACCUUCGCCGCGACUCUACAGACAGUCCCACCCCCGCGAACGGUGCCGCCUUCGGUUUCCCGGAACCGACGCGAUGGGUCCCACGGCCUCGGAGGGAGGAAGGUCCCGGGUUCUCAGUUCCGUUGAUACCGGGAGACCGAGGCCCCGAGUGCGACCGACCGACCGUUCGCGCGCGGUCGUCCACCCGGUGGUGUGCGGGGUCCGGUUGGACCCGCAGGGUCCGACCUGGCCGGCAGCGUCGCGGAUGGACUCUGGGCAGCCGGCCCUUUGGCCCCCUGGCUCCGCCGUCUCCUCAUUGCAGAGCCCAGUGACCUUCGAGGACCUGGCCGUAUUCUUCUCCAAGGAGGAGUGGGGGCUCCUGGAUGAGGCUCGGAGGCGCCUGUACCGCGACGUGAUGCUGGAGAUCUUCGAGCUCAUGGCCUCACUUGGUUGUUGGCAUGAAGUGGAAGACGAGGAGGUCUGUUCCAAGCAGAACGUUUCUGUAGAAGGGGUCUCCCAGGUCAGGAUCCCCAAUACACAUCCUUACACUGAGAAGACUGCUGCCUGUGACAUGUGUGGCCCAUUUAUGAAAGACAUUUUGCACCUCGAUGAGCAACAAGGAACGCAUCCUGAGGAGACCCCCCACACGUGUGGAGCAUGUGCAAGGAGGUUUUGGCUCAAUGCAAACCUUCCCCAGCGCCAGGAGGAGCGCAGUGGAGAGAAGUCCUGCAGGUGGGACAAGGACAGGGAUGCAUCUGUGAAGAGUGCUGUAGUCUCCCUAUCAGAAAAGCCCUUCAUGUGCAGGGAAGGUUGGAAGGAUGUCUCAGACAGCCAUGCCCUCCGCCAGCGCCCGGCCAGCCACAGCAGUGGGAAGUCACGCAGGAGGACAGAGUGCAGGGAGGCCUUCCCACACAGUUCCCACCUUGGGCGAUCCCCAGGAGUCCAUACCACAAAGAAGCUCCUCAACCACAUGAGAACUCACUCUGAAGUGACACCAUUUAGAUGUCCAACAGUUGUAGAUUCCUUAGAGGAGAAAUCAGCCCUUGCUAAUGACCAAAAAUUCCACACUGGAGAAACAUCUCGGGUGUGUAAAGAGUGUGGGAAGGCCUGUAGUUACCCAUCGAAGCUGAGGGAGCACCAGAAAUUUCACACUGGAAUAAAACACUAUGAGAAUAGUGACUGUGGGAAAACCUUCAGCCGCAAACGCACACUUGUUCAUCACCAGAGAAUUCACACAGGAGAAAGGCCUCAUGAGUGCGGUGCAUGUGGGAAAGUCUUUAAUAACAGGUCACACCUCACUCAGCAUGAGAAAGUUCAUACCGGAGAACGGCCUUUUGAGUGCAGUGAGUGUGGAAAAGCUUUCAACAACAACUUUGACCUUGUUAAGCACCAGAGAGUUCACACUGGAGAGCGGCCUUUUGAAUGUAGUGAAUGUGGAAGAGACUUCAGGCAAAGCUCCCACCUCCUUCGACAUCAGAAAGUUCACACUGGAGAGUGGCCCUUUGGGUGCAUUGCGUGUGGGAAAACCUUUAGCACUGGCACCACCUUCAUUCAGCACCAGAGAACACACGCCAGGCAAAGGCCAUAUGAGUGCAGCAAAUGUGGGAAAACCUUCAGCCGCAGUUCCAGCCUGGUUCAGCACCGGAGGAUUCACACUGGAGAAAGGCCUUUUGAAUGCAGUGAGUGUGGAAGAACUUUUAACAAAAACUCCAACCUUGCUCAGCACCAGAGAGUUCACAGUGGAGAGCGGCCUUAUGAAUGUAGUGAAUGUGGAAGAGCUUUUAACAAAAACUCCAAUCUUGCUCAGCACCAGAGAGUUCACAGUGGAGAGCGUCCCUAUGAAUGUAGUGAAUGUGAAGUAGGCUUCAGCCGAAGAUCCCACCUCCUGAGACAUCAGAAAGUUCACACUGGAUAGUGGCCCUUGGGGUGCAGCAAAUGUGGGAAGGCCUUCAGCACUAGCACCAUCCUCACUCAGCACCAGAAAGUACACACCAGGCAAAAGCCAUACGAGUGCAGCAAAUGUAGGAAAACCUUCAGCCGCAAUUCCAGCCUGAUUCAGCACUGCAGGAUUCACACUGGAGAAAGGCCUUUUGAGUGCAGUGAAUGCCUGAGGGCCUUCAGCACCAACUCUCACCGGAUUUGUCACCAGAGAGUGCACACACAAGAAAAGCCCUACAAGUGCCGUCAGUGUGGGAAAGCUUUUAGUGAAAAAUCCACACUUGUUCAACACUAGGUAGUUCACACCAGAGAAAGGACUUACGAGUGUGGCCACUGUGGGAAAGUCUUCAGCUGCCUCUGCAGCCUUGCUCAGCAUAAAAGGAUUCAUACCUGAGAGGAGCCUUAUGGAUGUGAGUCCAACUUCAUGCAGCAGAACCACCACAGAGAAAUUACUUCAUGUACCACGGAUGUCGAGAAAACGUCAGGAGCUACUGUGCCCUUUCUGAGCAGCCGAGGAACCUGGACAGAGCUGUGUCCCCUGGAGCAGAGUCCACUUCCCAGCCUGCCUGGAUCCCAGUAUUUGCAGUGGUCAUUUGCAUACGCACGGAGAAAACAUCUUCAUGGGCCUGCCUUCCCCUUUCCCAGAGCUAAUCGGGAGUCCUGGACCCAGUGGAAUGGCUUCAUUCCCAUUGCCUCUGAGAAGGUUCAGGAAUGAACUGGGCCGGUGCUGGGGGAGGGGCCUUGAGGGAUGUCCAGUUGGGGCUCCUUGGGAAGAUGUAUGUUCCCUAAGGGUGGGUGGUAUUCCAUUGAAAAUUUUCCCACUAGUCCCAGUAUUGUUUUUCUGAUGUUAAUCUUCACAACUGCCACUAAUUUGUUUUAUUUUAUAAAACCGACAUUUUGUCUGGUCA